UUUACUAAUAUUACACUAUUGAAAAUUUUAUAGUUUUAAGAAAUAAUAAAUAAUAUCUAAUGAAUUUAUGUACAAUUAUUUCUUAGAUGAUGUUAUAAUGGAGGAUACAAUUUUGUCAGUUAGCGAUGUGUUGCUUAAUAAUGGUGACAUUGAGUGGCAACCACUUGCUCUCACUUUGGUUGAAUAUCCUAAAGGUGAUAUAUUAGGAAAAUUUUUUGCUCUUAUAAGCUUAGCUCCAUUUGGAAUUGGUGCUGGAUUUGUUGCACUAAUAUUAUUUAGACGUGAUCUCCACACUAUUGCAUUUUUUAUAGGUACAUUAAUUAAUGAACUUUUGAAUAUUAUUUUGAAACAUACUAUUUGUGAAGCUAGACCAAUAGCAAGAGGACAUUUAUACAAUGAAUAUGGAAUGCCAUCAUCUCAUGCCCAAUUUGUUUGGUUUUUCAGUAUUUAUGUGUUAUAUUUUGUAUUAAUCAGAUUACACCAUAUAAAUAAUAAUAGUAUAAUAUCUGCUCUAUGGCGAAUGGUGAUUGUAGCAGGUUGCAUUACAUUGUCUGUAUUAGUCAGCAUUGGAAGAGUCUAUUUGCACUACCAUACAACAACUCAAGUAAUUGUUGGUGGAUUUGUUGGAUUCCUAUUUGCUUCUGUAUGGUUUGCAUUAGUGCAUAGAGUUUUCACACCAAUUUUUCCUCAGUUGGUGUCAAUGAAGUUAUUUGAAAUGCUGAUGAUAAGAGACACCACUUUGAUACCUAACGUGUUAUGGUUUGAGUACACGACGUCGCGACAAGAGGCACGUGCACGCGGCCGGAAGCUGGCGGCGCUGAAGCCGACGCAAUGACGCUGCG